UUUUUAAUUUCAAAGCUGAUACCUACUUCCAUCACCUUUGCUUUGCCAUUCCACACAGGAUGUAAGCACAUGAUCUUUGGUCUUUUAUUUGCAUACUCUACUAGUCCUGACUUCAUUGGCGGGAAGUGACUGGUCAGACCUGGGCUGUCUUGCUGGCUGCCUUCCUUGCUGGACUCCAACUUAUCUCCUAUGUACACAGCCCUUGGAGUUCAGAGGCCUCUGCUGACUUCUGCCCAACCUCUUGCUCUCAGCACCCAAGCCCCCCCUGGUACAUGCAGGAGCAGAGGCAGGCUAGGAAAAAAAAAUAGGGCCUAGAGACAGGCUGUGAGAGGCUCAGAAGCCUAGUGCUCCUUCUUUCCAGCCUUGUCCAACAACUAGGAAGAUAGAGAGUGAGGCUUGGUACCUUGUGGGCAGUGGUGUCAUUAACUGUGACACCUAAGAUGUCUCAAGAGAUGGGAGAGCUCACCCAAACCAGGUUGCAGAAGAUCUGGAUUCCACACAGCAGCAGCAGCAGCAGCCGGCUGCAACGGCGAAGGGGCUCAUCCAUACCCCAGUUUACCAAUUCCCCAACGAUGGUGAUCAUGGUGGGUUUACCAGCUCGAGGCAAGACCUAUAUCUCCACGAAGCUCACACGAUAUCUCAAUUGGGUAGGAACACCAACUAAAGUGUUUAAUUUAGGCCAGUAUCGACGAGAGGCAGUGAGCUACAAGAACUACGAAUUCUUUCUCCCAGACAACAUGGAAGCCCUACUAAUCAGGAAGCAGUGUGCAUUGGCAGCCCUAAAGGAUGUUCAUAAAUAUCUUAGUUGUGAGGAAGGUCACGUUGCGGUUUUUGAUGCCACCAACACUACCAGAGAACGACGGUCACUUAUUCUGCAGUUUGCAAAGGAACAUGGGUACAAGGUCUUUUUCAUUGAGUCUAUUUGUAAUGACCCUGACAUCAUUGCAGAAAACAUCAAGCAAGUGAAACUCAGCAGCCCUGAUUACAUAGACUGUGACCGAGAAAAAGUUCUGGAAGAUUUUCUAAAGAGAAUUGAGUGCUAUGAGGUCAACUAUCAACCCUUGGAUGAUGAACUGGACAGCCACCUGUCCUACAUCAAGAUCUUCGAUGUGGGCACACGCUACAUGGUGAACCGAGUACAGGACCACAUCCAGAGUCGCACAGUCUACUAUCUCAUGAACAUCCAUGUCACACCACGCUCCAUAUACCUAUGCCGGCAUGGUGAGAGUGAACUCAACCUCAGGGGCCGCAUUGGAGGUGACUCUGGUCUCUCAUCUCGGGGCAAGCAGGGUGUCUGUGAGGAGAUGACCUAUGAAGAAAUCCAAGAACAUUACCCUGAAGAAUUUGCACUACGGGACCAAGAUAAAUAUCGUUACCGCUAUCCCAAGGGAGAAUCCUAUGAGGAUCUGGUUCAGCGUCUGGAACCAGUUAUAAUGGAGCUAGAACGACAGGAGAAUGUAUUGGUGAUUUGCCAUCAGGCUGUCAUGCGGUGCCUCCUGGCCUACUUCCUGGAUAAAAGUUCAGAUGAGCUUCCCUAUCUCAAGUGUCCUCUGCACACAGUGCUCAAACUCACACCUGUGGCUUAUGGCUGCAAAGUGGAGUCCAUCUACCUGAAUGUGGAGGCUGUGAACACACACCGGGAAAAGCCCGAGAAUGUGGACAUUUCACGGGAACCUGAGGAAGCCCUGGACACUGUCCCUGCCCAUUAUUGAGAUCUUUCUGAGAUGUCAAACUGCCUUGGUCCUAUCUUCCACCUUUAGAAACUGCUAUCUUUGCUAUUCUCCUAUUCUGAGAAGAUUCUGGCUUUGGCUUCACUACGAGAAGAAAUCCUCAGCAGCUCCCAAACAGGUCUCAAUUUCUAGCCACUACCAAGGAGCUACCUAGCUCUGGAUGAGGCUCUUUCUUAAUUACUAUUCUCUGAUCAAUAAAGACUUCUCUUACUGCCUAUAGGA